AUGAGGAGCUGGCUGGGUCAGGCGGUGCCCGGUGCCUCAGAGGGACUGGCAAGUGCUGGCAGCAACAGUGAUAAAGUAAGAGAACGAGAAAAGCAGGAAAAAAAAACGGGUGCAGGAAGGAGUACGCAGGAAGCAGGAGACACGAUGCCGCUGUCCGGUCAGAACCGCGCCGAGUCCUCGGUGCCAACCUCCAUGAAGCUGCAGGACUCGCCCAUCCUCUCCUUCAACCGCUCACCACAGGCAACACCUAUGGGUCCUCUCAGCAGCAACCUGCCCCUGGAGACGUGGCUGAGCCCGCCGGUGCCCAGCAGCACGGCCCUGCAGAGCCUGCCCGGCUUCGUCUCCUCUCCGCAGAGCCUGCCCGGCAGCUACACCCCCCCGCCCUUCCUGAACUCUCCGGCAGUGACCCACACACUGCAGCCCCUGGGGGCCAUGGGGCCACCACCGCCUUACCAGUGUGGGGCCACCUUUGUGGACAAGUUCCCCUUGGAUGAGGCAGACCCGCGCAACACCAGCAUCGCUGCCUUGCGGAUGAAAGCCAAGGAGCACAUCCAGUCCAUCGGCAAACCCUGGCAGACAAUCUGA